CAUUUUGCUCGCGCUCUCUCCGCUUCCAUUGUGUGAGAGAUAGUAAAUAUCUGACGCUGCCAGACAAGCACAACACACUUGUGUCCGCGUGACGAAGAAAAGGCGUUAAAUUCACCCUCGUAUUCCUAUUCAGGUGAUACUUUGUCGUAAUGGCUCGUACCAAGCAGACUGCUCGUAAGUCCACCGGAGGAAAAGCUCCUCGUAAGCAGCUGGCCACCAAGGCUGCCCGCAAGAGCGCCCCCUCCACCGGUGGUGUGAAGAAGCCCCAUCGUUACAGGCCUGGCACUGUGGCUUUGAGAGAGAUCCGUCGGUACCAGAAGUCCACUGAACUUCUGAUCCGCAAGCUUCCAUUCCAGCGCCUGGUGAGGGAAAUCGCUCAGGACUUCAAGACUGACCUGCGUUUCCAGAGCGCUGCCAUUGGAGCCCUGCAGGAGGCCAGUGAAGCAUACCUGGUGGGUCUGUUUGAGGACACUAACCUGUGUGCCAUCCAUGCCAAGCGUGUCACCAUCAUGCCCAAAGACAUCCAGCUGGCACGCCGCAUCCGCGGAGAGCGUGCUUAGACGUCGUCCUCAACAUUUUUCCCUCUGUCCUGUUUUUCUGCACCUGCUCCCUGACUCCCUCCCUCCCUUCCUUCACCUUCCCCACCAUCACUUUCAUUGCUCCCCAACCUGCCCAGUUUCUCAGUAGAUGUUAGAGUAAUCCUGAUUAUGAAGAGAUAGAAAUAUGUUGAAGUCUGGUCUCUCAUAGGUUUUUUUCUUGUCUUUUGUGUUUUUUUUGUCUUCACCAAAUGUAAUAGGGUACCUUUAUCGUGCAUGUAAAUGGUUUAGGAGAUGAGACACACGCGUGCAAACAUACUCAGACAGGCAGCACCUGGUUAGAAACAUGAAACUCCACCUGGAUGUUUGGAGGGCGUGAGGUCAGCAGGUGUAGAUUGUGUGGCUCGCUGAGGCAAAGCAGAAGGGCAAAGCCAAGGGACUGGUCUGCUUAAGGGGAGCUGCAACUUCCACAGCAGGGUGCUAUUUUAAAACUAGUCCUGAGGCCUCUGCCCGUCUGAACACUGUCCCCACUGUGGUCCACCUCCCUCACCUCGGUGACCUGCACAGGGAGAGGUUGCUGCUGCCCUGUCCGUCUGUCUGUGUGUCCGUGUGAGCUCUGAUCUUCCAAACCACUUGUACUCGACAAAAAAUAAUCUUCUUGGUCGCUUAAGAAUAUUGAUUAUUGUUGUGGAUAUGGUGUCUAUUUUUUUUAAUGCAUAUAAAUCAUGGAUGCGCAUCCCUUCCUUCACCACUUCCAAAAUCUCUGAAAAAAAGAAAAAAAAAUUUAAUUGAUAUUUGCCAACAUGGUUGUCAUUUUAUUUUUUUACAUGGAUCUGAUUUGUUUAAGAAAAUCAGGAAGGGCUUCUUUGUUUUCCAAGACAGCUUCAAUUCUAAUGGCAGCCACACGGGGGCGAUGGUUUACCCAAUGACCUUGUCUCGAUUGUUCACUGUAGAUCAGUCUUUGUAUGUUACGCCUGUCUCUCUUUGUCUCUCUCUCUCUCUCUUUAUCACCACAGGCAUUAGGCAUUAGACUUGUCACAGCAGUAAAAUGUAUAUGAUAGUGAGAAACUCUGCAUGUUUAGACUCUCCUGCACACACACACUCUCUGUAGAUCUGAGCAUAUGAACUGUCCCUCUUUCAAAAUUUGUAAUACACAAUAUAACCUCAUUUGUUUUCUUUUAUAUUUUUUCUUAUUCCUCGAGAUUUUCAGACGUAUAAAUAAGCUGAUCUUUGUAUUUUCCAAAUUUCUCAUAUUAUGGUGGUAAUAAAUAGGUGUUGAAAUAA